GCAACAUCAACAGCAGCCUUGAGCAUAGUAGCGCUGCUGCAGCCGGAUCUCGCGGACAGAAAGCGGCGGCCGUAUUUGUGUCAGCGAGCCGUCAGAUAAAGCACCUUUCUGGCUCUCAUUUGAUUCCUUCUCGCUUUACCUGAAGGGAGGGGACCGCUCGAAAAGGAAUACCAAACCCAGGAAGGAGGUGACAUGCCCUUUACCGCUUGGUGCAGUCAGUGCGCUGAUCGCUGUCAGACGUGGACGAGGUAAAGACCCGGAAUGGUGCAUUUAAAUUGUUCUUUUUAACGCGGAGGAAACCUGUCCCGGUUUUCAAUCUGUUUUAGGAUUAUUUUCCGUGGGGUAAUAACGACAUUACAUGCCCGAUCGCAGAGCCGGAGCGACGGGAAAAAUGCAUUACAGCGGGUGUUUGGCUGCAGGUGGAUGGCCAACCUGACGGUCCCAUCCGCCGCGUUCCUCCCGUUCAGCCGCCGCCGCCGCCGCGGCAGCAGCAGCAGAUCUGGCGUCAUCCAGAGCUGUUUAAAGAAACUGAAAACAGAGAGAACUAGAUAAAGACAAAAAAACGAGCCAUGCUUCCAGGGGUCGGCGUGUUCGGCACCAGCCUGACCACCAGGGUGAUCAUCCCGCUGUUGAAGAACGAAGGCUUCGCCGUUAAAGCGCUGUGGGGCCGGACACAGGAGGAGGCGGAGGAGCUGGCCAAGGAGAUGAACGUACCGUUUUACACCAACCGGAUCGACGACGUGCUGCUGCAUCAGGAUGUGGAUCUGGUUUGCAUCAACCUGCCGCCGCCUCUGACGCGGCAGAUCGCAGUCAAAACGCUGGGUAUUGGAAAGAACGUCAUCUGCGACCGGACAGCAACGCCUCUGGAUGCCUUCCGAAUGAUGUCAGCGGCCCAGUACUACCCCAAGUUGCUGAGCAUUAUGGGAAAUGUGUUACGUUUCUUGCCUGCCUUCGUGCGAAUGAAGGAGUUGGUAGAGGAGGGGUACAUCGGGAAGCUUCUGGUCUGUGAGGCCCAGGUCCACAGCGGUAGUCUCUUGGGGAAAAAAUACAACUGGAGCUGCGAUGACCUGAUGGGAGGCGGUGGUCUGCAUUCGGUGGGCAGUUACAUCAUCGACUUGCUCACGUUUCUGACCGGUCAGCGUGCAUUAAAAGUGCAUGGCUUCCUCAAGACCUUUGUCAAACAAACGGAUCACAUUCGAGGCAUCCGUCAGAUCACCAGUGAUGACUUCUGCACGUUCCAGAUGGCACUGGAGGGCGGCGCCUGCUGCACCGUCACGCUCAACUUCAACGUUCCCGGAGAGUUUCGGCAGGAGGUGAUCGUUGUGGGGACCGUCGGGAGGUUAACAGUCAUAGGGACCGACCUGUACGGACAGAAGAACAACGGGGGCGGAGGACCUGAACUCCUGCUCAAAGACACCACACCUCUUGAGAAGAGUUCCUUACCGGAGAAGGCUUUCAGUGACAUUCCAUCCCCGUAUCUCACAGGAACGAUCCGCAUGAUCCAGGCUGUGCGGCAGGCCUUUCAGGACCAGGACGACAGGCGGACGUGGGACGGGAGGCCUCUGACAAUGGCUGCUACCUUUGAGGAUUGUCUCUAUGCUCUUUGCGUUGUGGAUACCAUCAAGAAAUCCAACCAGAGCGGAGAGUGGCAGAACAUUGUGGUGAUGACCGAGGAACCGGAGAUCAGCCCAGCCUAUUUGAUCAGCGAGGCCAUGCGGCGGAGUAGGAUGUCACUCUACUGUUAGCAUCAGCUGAUGUGCUGACCCUUUAAAAAAUGGCUUUACUGGAGGUGGCACCGGAAAAGGCCUGGGUGUUGUUAAAACGUUAUUCAUACAGCUUCUGGGUUCAGCUCUUUAAUUCAGUACCUGUUUAUUUAAAUACUGUCAAAUCUAUAUUGCUACUGUUACAGAAAGAGAGGCUACACCACUAUAAUACAGAGAGUUAUAGUUUCCUGAAACCCUGCCUCAGGAGUAGAGAAAAAGCAAUGUGACCAAUAAUCAAACCUUUAUUUAUAAGGAAGCCUUUUCUGUUUUUACCCUUUUGACAGAAGACUGUCCGGGGAGAUGCACUUGUAAAUCAAACCGAUUCAUACAACAGAAAGAUAUAGUUCUACAGUGGAGGCAGAUCAGGGAAUAAAAACUAAUGCUACUGUGUUCGGCUUGACCAUAAGGGUAUUGCGCCUCUCAUCUCUGCUUCUGCUUCUCUUCUAUUUGACUGGGUCUGGAAGACAACACCUUACACUGUGGGUCCAAACGAGGACAGCCAAGGAAGAACGAUAGUCCUCUCAGUUGAAACUGUGCCGCUGUAUUGUUGCUGUAGUCCGAAGUACUUGCUAGUUUUACCAAGUGAAUGUUUAAAACAAAUCAGUAUGCUUGAUAGCUUCAGUCUCUGUCUGCUCUGUAUGCUUCCUCUGUGUGUUUGAGAAACAAGAGAGAAAAGAAAUCAAUAGUUUGGCUGGUGGGGUUUUCAGAAGGGUUUACCUUCUGGUUUAUGUAUGCAAUAUAUCCAGGCUGUAGUCUGCAGCAGAAACACUUUAAUCUUCCAGCUUGGAGUUAAGGGUUAAAAUACACUAUGGUAUGCCUUUAUGCAAUUACAGUAGCCUGUGUAUCCGUUUGCGAGUCCUGUAUAAGUGGCCAGUGCAGUGAUACUUUGAUGUUCUUCUUAUUUUUUUCACGAGUGCAGCGUCCGUUUGAAGCGGGCCGAUUGCUUGGCCCCCAGAAGUCCUGCUUGCAGCUAUCUCAAAAACUACUCAUCCAAUCACCUUCACACUCGACACUGUGCUUCCUUGGAUCCUCAGCAAUACACCUGCCAAGUGUUAAGUUGAUUGGAUGAACAGUUUUUGAGGUAAAUGGACAGUCAUAUAUGCAUACAUACACAGAUAGAGAUUCAUUCAUUUAUAGUUAGUUAGAUGUUGCUGCUACAGCCCACCUAUUGGCCAAAUGGCACCAGAUUUGUCAUGGCCAUUCAGAUAUCAUAUCUACACACAUCCACCAAAUGUGGUGGCAAUAGCACAAAGCGUUCAGGAGAUAUGACAUUUUCUUUUAAUGUAAGCCCUGCCCACUGCAUUUGAUUAAAUGUUGAGGGCCUGCUAUAGCAAAACUGUAUGGAAUAUCAGAAACCCAAACAAGUAACUUUUUUUGACUUGGUCCAGAGAUGUUCUGUAGCACAUUUGGUGAUGAUUGCUAAAACUUUGUAGGAGGAGUAGAGAAAAAAACAGAUUUGGACACAAUUCAAAAUGGCGGAAAAUCCUACAGAAUCCAGGGAAAGAAUAACUUUGCUUCUGAGACUUCAGUUCAAAUGUUACAGGCCAAAACCUAAAGUUCGUUGUUAUAGCAUUUCCAAAUUGCACCACAUUCGACACUGCACUCCAUUGGGUCCCCAGCAUUACACGAGCCAAGUGUGUAUUAGACC